AUGGGCUCUGAACCUGCUGCCGCAUCAGCAUUACCUCGAGGAAGCCCUUCUGUCAAACCUGGGAACUCGAGCUCGGGCAGUUCCUUCGUCUCUCCAAAACAGCAGACUGAGAAGGGGUACCUGGAGAUGCUGGGUGUCAGCACAGCUGUGGCCAUAAAGAAAAUAAAUCUUCAAGGACUGCAGAGGAAGCAACUAACAGUUAAUGAAAUCAUGAUCAUGAAGAGGAAUAGGAGUCCCAGUGUUGUGAAUUAUUUAGACAGCUAUCUUCUGGGUGAGGAACUCUGGCUGGUUUUAGAGUACAUGGACGGAGGCGCCCUGAGUGAUGUCAUCAGUGAGACCUUCCUGUCUGAAGAGCAGAUGGCAGCCAUCAGUCGGGAGUGCCUGCGAGGACUGGAUUUUCUUCACUCGAACCACAUCAUCCACCGAGAUGUGAAGAGCGACAACAUCCUUCUCAGAACAGACGGCUCUGUCAAGCUAGCUGAUUUUGGCCUCUCUACUCAGCUCACCCCUGAGCAGAAUAGACGGUGCACGUUAGCCGGGACUCCUUGGUGGAUGGCGCCUGAAGUGGUGACAGGUCAACCAUAUGGCCCCAAAGUGGACAUAUGGUCUUUUGGAAUUGUGGGAAUUGAAAUGGUAGAACGAGAACCUCCUUACUGCAACCAAAGUCCUGCCUCGGCUCAACGCCUUAUAGCCACAGUAGGGACCCCAAAGCUGCGACAUCCCAAGCUCCUCUCAGCUUUGCUGCGUGACUUCCUGAGCUGCUGCCUUCAGAAAGACGAGGAGGAGCGCUGGUCUGCCAUGGAGCUCCUGCAGGUUACAAGACCAAGAACCAUCUCUCCCCUGCCUCCCUCUGCUCCUGGAGAAGAAGCCAAAGAUGAGGAAGCUGAGCAAGUCAAAUGGAAGCGUCCAGCUGUGGUCACACCACAGGCUGUUCAUUCCAAGAGAAACAUCAAGGCAGAGCCACAAGCAGAGCUGCCCGAAGCUCAGAGUGACAUCAUGGCAUUGAAGAGAAAGAACAAGGAUGACAUGAGAAGAGUUCAAGAGGAGAAUCUCAAUCAGCAGAGGGGCGAUCAACAGAACCAGGCAGAGCUGCAGGAUUCGGAGGCUAGCAACAAGGUAAGGGAGAAGAGGCUGGAGGAAGAAAUUAAAAUCAUCAGAGAUAAAGCUAAUCGCCUCUCUCAGUCUCUACAAAAGCAAUCGGUGACUCCUGGCUGA